CGCCGGGACCGUACACUCUCCUACAGCUCCGAGCUAGUGCCAAUGCCAACGGCAUAUUCACCGUCCAGCCAUAGGACGGCUCUGAAGCGAACAAACGCGCGCGGUUUGCGGAGGCUUGGGGCUUCCACUUCUGUUCAGGACAUGGUGCUAUCUCUCUAUCUCCAAACCUCACACGCACUGCGAUUAAAUCAAAAGCCAGCCCUGCAUCCCACCCCCCCACGGAUGAAUCUAGUACAGCGCUCACUGUGAGGCGCUUGUAUUUCUCCAGACGCACCCCCAACUGCCUCAGCCUCGUCGACGCUUUGGAGAUGGUAGCGACGGUUGUUGCAGUUUGCCAGUUGUAUUCCGCCCGUCGCAUCCUCGCCGAGAUCCAGCAUCGCAUCAACGGCUUCAACACAUACGGCUAAUCCAAAGCGAGAACAAGAACAGUACCCAACUUUUAUCUUCACCCAUGGCAACCAUGGUGCAGACUACCGGGAGCGUGACCUCCCCUCACCUGAAAGAAGGUAUGGUCAUUGACGUGCAGGAGAUUCCACAUGGCGCCCGACCCGCACUCCUGAUUCUGCACAACGAGGGCGAGGAGAGCAUUGUAGACACAAUUGCGGAUGUUUUGGGACAGAGAUGGGAGUUGGCGUCGUCUAUAGAGGACGCGCUGGCCGGCCCAAAGGAAACAGUGUAUGGGUUGAGCAGCUUGGUUGCAAAGCCGCACUUGGACAGCUGGGAUCGUUCCAGGCUGUUGAUCAACACGCACCGAGUGGAUGGAAGCUACGAGCUGGACGAGAGCAUCACCGACCGAUGCGAUUAUGAAUAUCUCUACACACGAUCGCCCUUUUUCCGUCGAGACGUUUCGCGCUACCUCUCCUUUAUCCUAGGCCAGAUUGGCCCCCACCGCGACCUUACCAAGAAGGCGCGAACGACGUUAAUCUCGACCACGUUCCCUGACGUACAUGCCGCGCUUCCGAAUUUGGACAUUCUGUCAGUUGGUGCGGAUGCGAUAGAGAUUAGAGUAGACCUGCUCGAAGAACCUAUGGCGGAUGGGACCAUCAGCAAGGUGCCCAGCCUCAAGUAUGUGGGAGAGCAGGUCAUGGUGUUGCGCCAGCGCACCGAGCUGCCUAUCAUCUUUACGACGAGGUGCACAAAGGAGAACGGCCGAUUUCCCAUGGACGAACCUUCGCUCUACUACCGAUACCUUGCGCGCGCGAUACAAUGGGGCUGUGAAUACAUUGACGUGGAGCUGUGGCUGCCCGAGGAAAUCCGAAAGAAGUUGGCUGAGAACAAGGCAUGCACCAAAAUCAUAUCGGCCUUCCACGACUUCUCGGGCACCUUCAAGUGGACAUCACCUGAAACGCAAAGGCUGUUCGAGAUGGGGGCGGUGUAUGGGGACAUUGUCAAGAUGUAUGCCCUGGUCAACUCGAUGCAGGAGAACUACGAGCUCGAGUACUUCCGGUCGACCAUUCAAGCCAAGUACCCGCACCCACCCUUUUCCGGACUCAACAUGGGACCUAUGGGUCAGCUCUCGAGGACUCUCAACAAGAUAUUCACACCCAUUACGCACCCACUGUUGCCCAUGAUUGCAGCACCGGGGCAGCUAAGUGCAGCCGAGAUCAAUGCGGCGCUGCACACCAUGGGCCAGAUGCCGAAGCGAGAUAUAUACGGGAUUGGGAGCUUCCGGUCGACGUCGCAGGCCAUGUUUUUUGAGAAAUGCUUCAAUGAGCUUAGCCUGCCGCAUUCAUUUAGCUUUGCCGAGAGAGGGCCAAAGGCAUCGAUUGAGCACAUUCUCCGACGCAACAACUUUGGGGGGGCCUAUAUCAACCCACCGCUAGGAGCGUCUGCGCCAUACCUACCGUCUCUGUCCAAUGCGGCGCGGGCUAUCGGCCAGGUUGACACGGUGUUAGUGCCGCCGGGGAGCAGCAAUGCAUCGCUGAUUGGUGACAAUACUCGGUGGAAGGGGAUACGAGCGACACUGACACGCGACUUUGUACCGUCGGCAUACAGCGGACAAGCAGCGUUGUUGCUUGCCAGCAACGAGGGGGAUGCAUCGGCGUCUAUUUUUGCACUGAAGAACUUGGGCAUCGGGCCUAUCUACACGAUUGGGUUCAAGUCACAUGGGCCAUUGUCUACUGACGUGUCGCCGGUGCGAUCAAUUGAAGAUGUCAAGCGACUGCAGCAGCCGUUUGUGAUUAUCUCAGCACUGCCGGCGGAGAAGUCGCUGCUGGUGGUGCCACUGCUGAAGCAUUACCGUGUGGCUGGGCGCAACGGCAGUCCCGAAGGCAGCCCCAAGGUACUCGGAGCGGUGGGCACCAAGACAGCAGGCAAGGUGUUUGUCGACCUGGCAAGUGGGCCGCGCAAGGUGGACACAUUGGAGAUUGCAACGUCGGCAGGCUGGACAGCGUAUGGGAUUGCUGAUGUGUCUGCAUGGACGACGGUGGAGACGAUUAGGAAGCUGGUUGGACAAAACGUGUGCUAUGACUUUGUGCGCCUGGCAUGUGGGCGGGGGCACUUUUAAAUUUGCAACAUGAAGGGAUGGUGAGGAAGGUACUGCAGAUAGGUUAAUGAACAAGCAAGCAAGCACAAUCACAUGCA